AUGAAAAUCCUUGUGGCAUGUCUGAUCCUACUUGCCACCUUCGGGACACAAUCUCACGGAAAUGAGGUUUAUAACAUCAUCAGCCCGCUUAACAAUGGUCGUACCGUUCAGGAGACAAUGACAAUUGAUAAUGAAAAAAAUAUCGCCACCAUCAACAUCCAUGCAGGGUCGUGCUCCUCCACCACGAUUUUUGACUACAAACAUGGCUACAUCGCUUCCAGGCUGCUCUCCCGAAGGGCCUGCUACAUCCUGAAAAUGGACCAUAAAAAUAUUCCUGCUCUGGACCAACUCAAACGGUACAUCUACGAGAGGCAGGCUCUGAACACUAUGUUCUCCAAUAAAUACACCUGGGUCAAGUACAAUCCUCUGGAGUCUCUGAUCACAGAUGUGAACUGGUUCCUGUUUGGGUCACCCAUUAAGAAUCUCUGCAAUCAUGUCCCCUUGUACAAGGGAGAAGUUGUUGAAAAGAAAUAUGCCGUUGGUGCUGGAGGUUGUGCAAAGGCUGGGCUCCUGGGCAUCUUGGGAAUUUCCGUCUGUGCAGAUAUUCAUGUUUAA